UUUUACAGUUCCUCUCACGUGGCCCUGGAUAUCAAUCGAUAGUACACGGUUUGUAGUGUUGUAUCCUUCAAUACGCGCAAGGACAGCUAAAUAGAGAUGGCUGUCCACACGUGUCUGCUGUUCGCUUCAGUAGUGGACAUUGUGACGUCACUGUGGGUGUACUUUGCUAGAGACAUGUCGUUUUCUACCCUGGCCAAAGCGAUGUACUUCCCAGGUGUCCUGUCCCUCGCCUUUGUGGAUGAUAUCGGCGCCUUUCUGAGGCAGAUAAUAGGCACUCAAGCGGUAGGUCGUGUCAUUAAAGCUUCUCGGUCUUUGAUUUUUUUAAACAAAGAGGUAUUUACAUGUGUUGUGUACUCGGGGGCUGCCGUGGCCUUGACAUAUCUGUUGGUGUACGGAUGUGUCGGCCUGGGGGUCGGCCUCGGAUGGACAGCUAAGUCACAGCCUGCUUCAAUUCCUGCACAAAACCACAUCUCGAUUACGGGGUUCCUCAGAGCCGCCGGAGAGGAGAUAGGGUGGCGCUGUUAUCUCCUGCCUUGUCUCAUGUCUCAUUUCACACCACAGAUGGCGCUUCUCAUCAGCGGAAUUGCAUGGGGAUUGUUCCACGUGGCUGUGAUGAUCUUGCUCACGAAAAAGCUGAAACCGGAACAUCCGGUCCGGACCACAGUUGUACAAUGUUUGUCUUGUGUUAUUUCCGCCUAUCCCCACGGAUGGCUCGCCAUUAAAGCUAGGUACUCCUUCUGGCCAAGCACGUUACUUCAUUUCUGGUGGAACAGACUGAAUCCCCAAGUCCUUGGCAGUAUUUACACCAACACCCCUGGGACCUACUGUGGACCGCAGUGGAAAAUUAAUGGCGAGGGACUGUCGGGUUGUGUUGUCAUGUUACCAAUAGCUCUACUUAUGUCUCUGGAACUCAACCACGCUUUAUACUGAGUUGUUGGUGAUGCUAAUGUUAUCAUGAUGGUAUUUCCGGUCGUAUACAAGUAACAAGGCUCUACAUCAUGUUGAACGCACAGAGAUUAUUCCACUGUCCCCAGAGUAGCUCGAACUGGUAGUGGCGAUAAAAAACUAUUUGUGAUAGAUUUAUCAGUUUAUUCAGUUUCAGAUUGCGACACGAAAAGAAGCAUGGAAACUGGUUUUGUGUUAUAAGCUCAACUGACACAGAAUGCCAUUGAUCUGAUGGACUUGUACGGCAUGUCUCUUCCGUCUGUCGUCAUAUCUCCGUCUGUCGUCAUAUCUCCGGCUGUCGUCACGCCACAUCUUCGACUAUUUUCAAUAUCAUUUUGGCGUAAGGCUUGAAAAGUCAAGGUGACAGUGGCGAAUUAAGUCCUUCUGAAGAACUGAAAGCCAAUUCUUGAUUUUGCCUGAAGUUUGCCGGCUUGAAACGUCAUCCGUUUUAAACAGAAAUUAUCCUCAGCAACAUUCAAGCUGAUGGAAUAUGCCUCAUUAGCAUAUGAUAUAUGCUCAAGAUGUGUGGGGAUGAAAGCAAGAGAAAUGUGCUUUUGUUUACAAGGAGUAAGAGUUUAAAACAAAACUUUAUUUACAGGACUUUACACUGCACAAAAAGGCAGUAUGAUAAAUAAAAUAUUGAUUUUGUAUGUUGGUCGUAUUACUGGUGUUAAUUAACUUCAAAAAAAAAAGAACUGUAAUCGCAUAUAUUGUUUUUUGCUUAAUACAUGGAGAAAUCUCCGAAUGUUGAUGUUGCCGAAAUACAAUGGCUGUUGUGCUGGACACGUUGCUAUCGAAAUUAACACGGGGGUUUAGUCUGAUGAAGAUAUGUGGUAAGUGAUAAUGUUGAUGUUUACUCAAAGAGUGAAAUACGCCGCAUAUGAUGUAGUCGUUGCUGUAGUGGGUUAGUCAAUGCAAUGCUAUGUCGACUUGAGGUUUAAGGAGAUCGUCGUGUUCAUGAAGAAGGUUUUUUUUAUCGGAUUGUCUUCAUAACUGUUCUUCAGUAAUUCUAUUUAGACAUAGAAACAGUGAGUAUAGCAUUUGUUGUUAUCUAUACAAAGCACAAAUCACAAGACUAAUAGAAAGUGUAAUGUUAGGGUGAAAAAAAAAAACCCAGAAGAAAAGUAGUGCAAAACGCGGCCCACAUUGGACGUUUGUUACUCCUUUUUGUGCAUAUUUAGUACCAAACAAAACCUUCAAUAACCGCUAACUGGAUCGAUUUCGUCAUUUGUGGCAUAAUUUUCCUGUUACGAAAUAUCCAACAUCUUUAAUUCCACAAGUCACAUUAGUUUAAAAGGCUCCUUGACUUCGAAUAAAAGAGAAAACGGGUACAGCAACAUUGUGUCUCGGCAACGUUUCCGACCGGUUGAUUGUCAUUGAAGUCAUGCAUACUAUGGUAAUUUGCAAUGAAGUUCCAGAGUAAAACGAAUGUUUGUUUUGUUUUGAGAAUAAUAGUUAAUACAAUAGACAAUUUUCGUACUGGUGAAACUAACCUAUUUCUCCAAGUGUUAUUUUUACCGAGAUAUUUCAACGUAUAUGAUUAAAAACCUAUGGGAUCAGCUAUGGUGCCAUAUUCUUCAAUGUGUUUCUACAUUCUAUUGCAGAUUCUUGGCUGCUGUUACGUAUUUUAAUCAAAGGAUGAAUGAAUCAUGAAGUAACCGAUGAAAAUAACAUGAACUUACAUUAAAUCAGUUGUUUCUGUCGAUAAGAUGCUAACAUUUUACUACCAGUCGUGUACAGUAAUCGCCUCCAGGCUUAAUUGAUUGACCUGUCUGAUAUAUCGGUAUUAGUGUCUUAGUCCCACCGUAUUUAUUAAUAAGUGAAGCUCUAUACACGACUGUUUCAUUGUAUGUCUAACACAGUUAUGUACCUGUUUUAAUCCUGAUAUUUACUUAUACAUAUAUUUAAGCUAUAUAUAUAAGCAUUGUCAAAUAUGAAAUGUAUGCGAUUUUGUUCAUGCAAUCGUUACAUUGGAGUCUAUAUUGAAACCCAAGACAAAACAAAGAUACAGAGCCCUCAUGUUUAUUCACAGCUAGCCCCAGAAGUAAAUGUCAGUUUUUAAGUUGGAAAAGCAAACAUGACUGCGGUAAAAAUAUCCUAUUGAGGGAAAACCAUAUUUAAUGUAAUAAAGCUGUUGAUAUAUAGAAAUGAGGAAGUUUUUACCUAACAUGAAAAUCUACGGGAAAUCAAUCCGUGCAUUGUUCCUCAGCGACUGUCUCGUGCUGUUAAGACUAAUUAGCACGCGUUUACCUCCCAUUACAUACUAA